UUAGUUUGUAUGACGUAAAAUAAGAUGGCCGCGCAGUGGUGUUUAUCUUAUUGAUACUCACGCACUGAUCACAGACAUGAAAAAGAGGCAUUUAAAUGCUCCGCAGUCUAUUUUAAGCACGGAUUAUAUUCAUAUUGUGCUAUUCCUCUGAUUUUUCCGAUUUUUGUUGUGGGCGGAAGGACCGCAUUUUGAGGAUAGUUUAACAUAAACAUGUCUGCCAAAGUGGACCGAAGGGAGAGAAGUGAGUCAAGUAGUUCUCACAGCAGAGGAAGAGAAAACCGGAAGCGGGCAAGGAGCCGUAGCAGGUCGUCCUCAUCAUCUUCCAGUUCUUCAUCUUCCUCCUCCUCCUCGUCAUCAUCCUCUUCUUCACGCUCUUCUUCCAGCAGUUCAACGUCACAUAGUAACUCCAGCUCCAGUAACUCAGAUUCUUGCAAAAAGCAAAGCAAAUCUUCAAAGAAAGGGAAAGAGAGACAUGGCAAAAAGAAAGGAAGAAAAGAGAAGAUACGCAAGCGAAAGAAGGAAAAGGGACACAAAGAGCAGGACGACAGCUCUGGACCUGUUCAGAUUUCAAAGUAUCUUAAGGAAAAGAAGAAAAGUGGCAAGUACAGUAUGAUAUCAGGAAAAAAGAUUAAAAUGAAAGUGAAAAAAUCAAAGAAAGACAAGCAGAUGGACAAAAACAGAGCUGAACUGCUGGAGUUCUUAAACUCCACCUUCUGAUUCAGUCCAGAGUCCAGACCUGGAACUACAGAACCAGUUUUUUUUUUUUUAUUAUUCACCUGACCACCACUCAGGGAAAGAUCAUCUUCAACUAUUAAUGUUGUUGCCUGAUGUUAUACAUUGACAAUUCCUUUCCAUAAAUUCUUCAUGUAGAUAAUUGUUGUCCUUUUUUUAAUUCCAGGCUGUGUCCUGCAGUACUUAUGUUAUGUGUCUGAUAAAACUGUACCCUAUGAGAACUGUAGCUUGGGUGUGACAUUGUUACAUGUUACUGAAAUUGUAUAAAAAAAAAAAUAAGUAUUCUUGUAUUCUCAUUUUUAAAUGCAAAGCUCAAGUAAAUAAUAAUUGAAUCAGUAAGGAAAUGUUCUGAGAGAUGCAGAAAGAUGUUAUGUGAUUGAUAUAUGAACAGUUUGGCCUGAUUCACCUGGGAAAUUAAGGUUGUAUUUUACUUUCUUUCUUU